AUGCAUGCGAGGUUUCUUACGUGUCUUCUCCUGGCCUCGGCUGCUUGGGCCUACGAAAAGCUUUGCGCCGUGAAGUCCCUCGGCGGUGGACUUGACGACGGACCAAACAUCAAUGCUGCCUUCAAGGAAUGCUCCGAAAAUGCAGUCAUUCUCCUGGACAACUAUUACAGCGUGAACACCCUCCUCCUUACAGAAGGGCUGAACCAUGUUGACGUUGUCCUGAGCGGAACCGUGCAAUAUACCCCGAAUAUCGCGUACUGGUCUCCGAACAGCUUAUAUCUCACUUUCCAGAACUCGACAACGUUCUGGUUCCUUUCUGGAAAUGAUGUCCACAUCUUCGGCGGCGGUACGAUUGACGGCAACGGCCAAGUAUGGUACGAUACGUUCAAUGUGACGCAGAACUCUGGGACGGCAGGCAGCUCCACUUUGUCGUUCGCGCGGCCCAUCGUGCUGACGAUUGGUAACUCAUCGAAUGUGGUGGUGGAGGACAUCACUGAGAUUGCUGCACCUAACUGGGUAUGCGACGGCUGGGAUAUCUACCGCUCCUCAUACGUCACCAUCGCGGAUAGUACGAUUAACAACGGAGAUGACUGUGUUUCAUUCAAGCCGAACUGCACGAACAUGGUUUAUGCGGGGGAGACGGACAUUGUCGAGAACGUGUUCGUGAAGAACGUGACUAUGCGCUACGCGGAGAAUGGUGCACGCAUUAAGGUUUUCGGUGGCAGCCCAGAUCCCGACAGUACAUCGGGGGGCGGCUCGGGAUACGUCAAAAAUAUCACCUUCGAGGACUUCUACGUGUAUGAGGUCGAUAGCCCGGUUGUGAUCGACCAGUGUUAUUUCACCAGCGCAAGCGAAUGUGCUGAGUAUCCCAGCCAACUGUCUAUCUCUGACAUUCACUAUAUAAAUAUGACGGGCACCUCUUCUGGCGCAGAGGGCAGCGUGGUUGUUGACCUAAACAUUGCUACCGUUGACGAGCUGGAUUUCGACUGCGUUGCGCCGUCGUCCUAG